AAAUCGAGAUAACAAACCCAAAAGAUACUAGCGCUCCGCUAACGCUUCAAAUUUGCAUUGUUAAACCAAGAAUUUAAUAAAAAAAUAAUAAUAGAAAAUCAGCUUUGCCUUCUUAGCUGAGUGCAAGUGAAAAAAAAGUGCAAGAAGCAAAAGCGAAAUAUUGUCAGCAUUAUUAUUAUUAAAUAUAUAGUACAUAUUAUUUGGCCGAUUUACAGUGCGUUGCUCUCUCUCGCUCUCUCUCUCUCGAACGGCAAGUGCAUUAGAAAAAGCAACUAAGAAGCAUUCCAAAAAAAUAGUCGGUGAAAAGUGCAAAAGGAAAAAAUCAAGAUAUACCUCAGAGAUACAUAUAUUAUAUAUUAAAUUGUGGAAUACACACGACGAGCAAAAAGUUAAAACGCACACAUAAAAGUCCUGUUCUGAGUGCAGUACUCACACACACACAGACACACUUAAGCACACACACACAUACAGAGGCACUUUCAAUAUGGCGGAUGUCAUGGAGAAAAGCUCUGUGCUGGAAGCUGCUGCUCUGCCAGCAGUAAUCGCUGAUACGAGCCCCAUGCACCCAGUGCAGGCACAACUGCAACAGGAAGUGCCGCAACAACAACAACAACAACAACAGCAGCAGCCGCAGCCGCAGCCACAACAACAACAACAACAGCAGCAGCCGCAGCCGCAGCCACAACAACAACAACAGAAAACGGAGCCGGUACCAGCGGCAAGCGCUGGACAGGAGCAAAAAGAAGGUGACAAUGACAGCGGCGUGGAUGAGUCCACUCAGGAGAAGGAUCGCAACGGACCGCAUUCGCCGAGCUCGCCGGUAAAGACGCCCACAUCGAGCUCAUCGAAGCAAGACAAGUCGGGCACAUCGCGCCCACCGAGUGCCACGCCCUCAAAUAAAUCAACAUCCAAGUCGCGCAGCGCAUCCAAGAAUCGCUUGCUGCUCAAGACACCCGAACCCGAGCCGGCCAAGAAACUUCCAAUGAACAAGGUACAGGUUGGACACGCCCCUUCGCCAAAUUUGAAGGCGGUACGCUCCAAAAUUGGCUCGCUGGAUAAUGCCACCUAUAAGCCAGGUGGCGGUCAUGUCAAGAUCGAGUCCAAGAAGAUUGAAAUUAAGGGUGCAGGGCCACGCAUCGAGGCCAAGAAUGACAAGUAUAUGCCGAAGGGCGGCGAGAAAAAGAUAGUUACAACAAAGUUGCAGUGGAAUGCGAAAUCGAAAAUUGGCUCGCUCCAGAAUGCGGCACACAAGCCCGGCGGUGGCGAUAAAAAGAUCGAGACCCUCAAAAUGGACUUCAAUAACAAGGCCAAGCCGAAGGUCGGCUCCAAGGACAAUGUGAAGUAUCAGCCCGGUGGCGGUGACAUCAAGAUACAAUCGCAAAAAAUAGAAAUUAAGGCACAAAGCAAAGUUGGCUCUUUGGAUAAUGUAAAGCACAAGCCCGGUGGCGGUGAAAAGAAGAUUUUCGAUGAUAAGGAUUAUUUGAAAAAUGUUGAUCACUCUGUUGCACUGACAACACCACCAACACAGAGUCCACAACCAUCCAUGACGGCUUCAACAAGCGGCGCUGAUGAAAAUUUAAAUCAACAAAGUUAAAUCCAGUCCAAAGUUGCAUGUUGAGCUGAAGUUUUCCUUUUAUUUUUCUUGACGCAAAUUGCAGAAACAACAACAACAACAAUUUGAAAACAAAGCUUAUUUGAAAUGUAAUUUUAAGCAAAAAGUUACACAAAAUGAAAAAAACCAAAAAACAAAAAAAAAAUCAAAUGCAAUAAUUACCAUACACAAUACGAGUAUUUUACUCACAAAUUUGAUAAUUGAAUUGUGCAAGCACACACACACACACACACAGAACUCACACACACACAGAUACACACUCCGAUGCAGCAUAUAAUAAAUGAACAACAAAAAAGUAUAUGAUUAGUUGAUAUAUGCACUAUUUAUCAAUCAGAUACCAAGGCAAAUGCAUAACUAUAUAAAUAUAUAUAUAUAUAUAUAUACAUACAAUAUGCAAAUUUCA